AUGUUGCUAAAAGAAAGUGUUUUCGUAGUGGUAACCGUUUCCUUGUUUGUGCUCCAGGUGUUUGACGUGAUUCCCGAUCGUGAUUUGCGAGAAGCACGGACACGAGCCAAUCCUUAUGAAACCAUCGGAGGAGCCUUUUUUCAAAAUCGAGCCGCGAUGAAAGUUGCUAAUUUGGACAAAGUUUUUGACUUUCUCUUAAGUGGAGAGACGGAGAAAAAUCUUUUAGUAUGUCAAGAACUUUAUGUAAUGUUUCAGAGCAAAAAUCCUCUGGUAUCCGAAAGACCAAAUUUCAACUGUGAUCGAGAGGCUCCUCUGUUUUACUUCGCAGAUGUGUGCGCUGGUCCUGGUGGAUUUUCAGAGUACAUAUUAUGGCGGAAAGCUUUCUAUAAUGCUAAGGGAUUUGGUUUCACACUUAAAGGAAAGGAUGACUUUAAACUUGGGAAAUUUACGGCUUCUUCUGCGCAUUAUUUUGAACCUUAUUAUGGCGAGCACGGUGAUGGUGACGUUAUGAAUCCAGUCAACAUAAAUUCUCUUGAAAAAUUUAUCAUGAAAGGGACCAACGAUGUUGGGGUAGAUUUGAUGAUGGCCGACGGCGGUUUCAGCGUGGAAGGAAGUGAGAAUAUACAGGAGAUCCUUUCCAAACGUCUUUAUUUGUGUCAAUUGCUGGUUUCGCUUUGUAUUGUCCGUGAGAAUGGCACUUUUUUCUGCAAACUUUUCGACAUAUUCACUCCAUUCAGUGCUGGGCUGGUAUAUUUGAUGCAUGUUGCAUAUAAUCAGGUGUCACUGCAUAAACCUCACACUAGCCGACCAGCCAACUCCGAGAGGUAUAUCAUUUGUAAAGGUCUUCGUAAAAACUACUCCGAUGCCAUACGUGACUAUCUCAAACGGUUGGUGCUAGUGUACUUAAUUGAUCAUAUAUUCUUGUUUAGAAUAGCUGUUCGUCAGUCAACAUAUCUCCGGAAGUACUUGACCUACGCCAAAAAUAAUUCUUUAAUAGAUAAAGACCAAGGCACUCUUCGUGAUGACUGUCUCAAAUAUUGGUUAGUUCCAAAUAAAACAUUGAAUAGAGGUGCGGAACGUUAUCAAAUUGAUCCGGAGCAGUACUUUGGAAGGUUUACUAGGAAGGUUUGGCACCUACAUACAAUUUUUUAUGUUGUUGUACUGCGUGCACUACAUUUCUCUGAUUUAAUGAGGAUUCCAGAUAGAACUGUGUUAUUGGUGGACAAACAUCUGGAAACAGUGGCAGUUGAUGGCCUUAUUCGUAUAUUGGAUGCAGCUGUCAUCAAUGGAGAUGAUGUGUCUGGUCUUUUGUAUUCCAAGCGCAUGGCAGCGGCCCAAAAGUUUUGUAAAGCACUACAAUUGGUUAGCCAUUCAAAGAAGUUCCUUGCAUUUACAAUGACUCCAACUUGUUUAGAAUCGUGGAAGAUGGGAUGGUCAUGUAGCAAGUUGCGGAAUUACGCCUUCUCUCCUUCUCAACCCACUCUGGGAAGCUUUUUCGAACAACAAUGGGAGGAGUAA